AUGAUGAUGGGUUUCUCUGUUUCCGACGAGUUGCUCGGCACCGUGGCUCCGAUUGUUGUAUACUGGCUCUACUCUGGGAUCUACGUGGCGCUAUCCUCUCUGGAGAGCUACAGAUUGCACUCUAAGGCGGAGGAAGAAGAGAAGAAUCUCGUCUCCAAAUCAUCCGUCGUGAAAGGCGUUCUUCUUCAGCAGCUCGUCCAAGCUGUCGUCGCUAUCAUCCUCUUCACGGUCACUGGAAGUGAUGCAGAAGCGGACAAAGCACAAGAGUUUUCUCUUCUGGUCUUAAUCAGACAGUUUGUGGUAGCCAUGAUAGUCCUCGACACAUGGCAAUACUUCAUGCAUCGUUACAUGCACCACAACAAGUUCUUAUACAAACACAUCCACUCUCAGCACCACCGCCUCAUCGUCCCUUACGCAUAUGGAGCUUUAUACAACCAUCCAGCGGAAGGCCUUAUCUUGGACACAGUUGGUGGCGCCUUGUCUUUCCUGAUCUCUGGUAUGUCGCCAAGAACUUCCAUCUUCUUCUUCUCUUUCGCCACGAUCAAGACCGUGGACGACCAUUGUGGUCUCUGCCUUCCUGGGAACUUGUUUCACAUGGUGUUCAAGAACAACUCGGCUUACCACGAUGUGCAUCAUCAGCUCUAUGGAAGCAAGUACAAUUUCUCUCAGCCUUUCUUUUCCAUGUGGGAUCGGAUUCUUGGGACUUACAUGCCUUACUCUCUUGAGAAAAGAGAAGAUGGAGGAUUUGAAGCACGUCCUACUAAAGAGUUUAAAGAUGAUUGAGUUUCUUGGGUCUGGGGUUUUUGAGUAAUGUUCUGUAUCUGUUUUGACGUUGGAUAAUGGAUGGAUGCUUUGGUAGUUCUUAAACCAGAAACAGAACCGGUUUGCAUUUUGCCCUUUUCUUUUUAAUCUCACGAUGGGAUUAGAUAGACUUAUAGAUUUGUAUAUAAUUAUUGAGUUGUUUUACUCUGUUUUUUUUUUCCAAUGUGUUAUGAGUUUUGUACAACAAACUUAAUUUUAUUUAUUUAUCUACAAGGUAACUA